GAUUGAAUCAUCAUUGCGAAGCAUGUACACUAAAUAAUCGAUAAAUCGAUCGAUCAUGGAAACAAGAAAGAAGGCGAUGUUGCAUCGAGCCGGUAUAGGCCAGCAAGAUCUCAGUCGAAGUCUCCACGCUCUUGAAUAUAUCGACUCUACUGGUGGAGGAUUAUCACAGCGCGCUGCACAACAUCCUGCAGCCUUACGACGUCAAAAAUCCGAAGCCGAACUUCCGGUCGACGAAGCUGCCUUCACUUUCGCGAAUGAACGAAGGUCUUAUCACGACAGCGAUCGUCCCGUUCUGAGACGCCGUCGAUUCACCCGGAAACAAAGAAAAUCGGUGACUAUCGACCCGGAAACUAGCCUUAUCUUAGCCACUGGCAAUCAGUCAACAAGCUCAAGUGACGACGAAGAACAACCGAGAUCAAGGAGUAGCUCCAGACACGCUGGACGUUUAAACAAAUCUCGAGGCUUAUCUGUUUCUGUAAACGCGCUAGCACCAAAAGAGGAAGCGAAGCCGGAGAAGAAGAAAGGCCAUCCGAGAGGUCCUGCAGCUCGUCGCGCUGGACGACGUAGUGCGCUGCAAAAAUCACAGGUGGCCGCAUCGGCCACAAAUUUGGAUCAGUUCAAAUCGAGUACGAGCAGUCAGUUGAGGACAGAAAAACGCUCAAUGAGUGUGCGCGAUUUGAAUGGGGAAGAGUUCGACUUCUCCAAUAAAGAUUCCGUAACGAGAUGGACGUCGCAAAUCCUAGCCGAGCUGGAUUCACUGCCGUCAAGCUGUGUCGACUUAACUGCGCGCGAUAAAUUUGAUAAUUAUUCUAGAAAUGAUAGAAUCGAUGGAAUCAAUCGAAAACCCUAUAUAGCAGAUGAUAGCCGACGGUUCUCCACACUGCAAACUCGCCCAUCAGCCACGGCUCCACCCGUGCCACCUCAUCGACAGUCGAUGUUUGAAUCACAGCCUUCAAUUGAUAAAAUAACAACUUACGAUCUGAUGACAUCGUCAGUGAUCGAACCGAUGACCACCACAUUCGGCUCGGCUAACAGCGCCAGUGCUCGAGCGCCAAAGCAAUCCGACUUCGAUUUGACGUCGUCCAUCGACAGUGUAGACUCGUGGAUCUCCUCAUUCGAAAACCUCAUGACGUCAUCCUUCCAGGGAUCUAUAUAUUCGUUACGUAGCGAUGGCAGCGCACCAGUAACCAGAGACAGAGAGGAUUCAAAUGCGACCACAUUGGUGGCGCUUUCGUCGGAGUCAGAGGACGAGGAAGGAACACCUCUGGCACUUACGCCUGUUCCUAUGGAAGAGCUUCCCUUGCCGACCUCUUCCGACAAAUCGAGUUCGACUGAAGGAAUGACAGCGGCUCUGAUGAAUCAUAACGACAGAAUCAAAGAUCGGUUGCAUUCUGAAAAGAUAUCCGAUUUACCGAAGCCGAUUCCGGCUGUUCGAACGGUGCUCUCAGAGAGGAACGGCCCUCAGAAAACUAUUGCAAGAACCUCAAUGGAUCAUAUUCCAACCGGUACAGCCGGAAAGUCCGCACAAAUAAAUGCAGUCACCCGGCAUGGGUUGAACGAACAUGUGACGUCCACUAUGCCGCGGGCAGCAAAGGAAUUCGGUGUUGGGUCACCUGGAUCGGUGCGAAGACGUCAGUUCAACUUGACUCCGUUGGAGGAGGUGGAUAAGAAUCUAAGCAGCUCUAUAGCGCGUCUGAGCCAGUCUGUCUACGGGGAAAUGAACUGUGAGCCUCAUCCAGAAGCGCUCAAUCGCUUUUCCAUACCACUAGUUCGCACAGAUCGAUGGGCAUCUGAACAACGGCUCGACGCUAUGAAUGAUCUCGAAAAAUGGAAAAAGAGGGCUCAGUGUCGUUCGCGCGAGCAUCACGAUCUCUACUCCAUGAACGAACCCAGAUCUGUGAAUCGAGUUGUGGCUUCACUCAUUCGAAGCAUUGAAGAUAGCCGAUACUCAGCACCUGACCGACCAGCACAGAUUACGGUAGACAGCGAGCGGGGACAGGAUGCAGCCACACAAACAUCGCCGUUCUCAAUUUCGCGCUCGUCUUCAUUCGACUGGAUCAACGAACCAACCGAAGGAGGACUUCGCGAUUUGAAGACACCGCUCAGUACACCUCGUUCGGAACGACUGCCACAACUGCCAACGGUCUCCAAGCAAGUGGAAUCAUCUUCUGAAACGGAUGACGCAGAUAGAGAAGUUGCAGAGAUGACACAAAACGUUGAGGGUACUGAGAAUCGGUGUCGACAGGACGGUGUUGUCGUCGACAGAGACAAGGACAAACUUUUUGCCGAAAUGGACGAAAGCAUACAAAUGCUGUUAGAAUACGGUCAACCAGUGCCAAAACCGCCUCCUAGAAGAAAUUUACCGAGGGAAAAGUCAAAUGACUCCAAUUCUCUGACGUUUUCGCACGCUUCUACCGAUUCCAAAGCGACAUCGGAUUCUUUACCAUCUGAUUCUCGUCGAUCUGCUGGUGGUUCAAGUUUAGCAAUGACGGAAAGCAUUUACGAUAACAUGCCAAAGGAUCGACGAAAGAAAAGUCAAGAUUCACCGCUGCCAAAACCACGUAUUCGUCAGCCGAGUAUCGGAUCAGUGAUCAGUAGCGAGAAUGGCUCGGCAAAAAUGACCUCCGAACAGACGAGAAAAUCAAUAAAAUCGAUGGAAGCAAAAUCGAACAAUCAAUAUGCAAAUCUGACAGCUCUGACGGUGCCAUCGUUGACAGGACGAGCCGGUAGCUGUGAGACGCUGGCUGCUUGUCCAAAUGAACCGGACAAUUACAACUUGGCGGCGAAAUUGAAGAGUGCAGAAGAAGACGCGCUCGAAUGUUGUCAUUGGCUGAGACAAGCCGGAUUUCCACAGUACGCUAAACAAUAUCAAGAAGGACGUUUUCCAAUCGAUAUUCGCAGUGUGCAAUCGGAUCACGAAUUUUUGGGACCGGACUCAUUACGAGCACUCUAUCGUCGUCUAAAUACGUUAAAUCGAUGUGCGAUCAUGCGAAUUGAUCAGGUCGUCUUACGUAGGAGGAACGACGGCUACGGUUACGGAAUGUACGACACAUAUGACGACGAUGACAGUGUAGCCCUAUCCGGUAACUGGCGUUAUCAGCGCCAUUCGCACACGUGGUCUCGGGUGGGAAGCGAGCAGAUGUAUGGCGUACCCGGGCGAACUGUAUGCCCGAAACCGAACUGGGACACAUAUCGGGACCAAGUGGAUCCCCGACAUCGUUAUGAACUUCGAGAAAUGCGGGAUCCGUACCCGGGAAAACGUAGUGACCGCCAACUUGAACGAUAUGCGGAAAGUGCAGAUUGUAACGGAAAUGCUGCCACCAACAAAUUACAACGCUCACAUAGCGAGCGAAUCAAAGAACGUGCCCGUGCAAUCAUGAAGAAAAUGGAUCUGAGAUCGAGUAGCAGGCGCCGGAAAGAUUCUCGGCAUCGAGAUCCGACUUGUAUGGUAAUAGGCGAUCCAGUGUUAGUAUCGUAUGAUUCUGCUAGUCCGGAAACUAUGCGCAUGGUCCCGCGUCCCAGUAACCUUGAUGCUCGAAAUGGACGCAUUCCUGCUGGCGCAGCCGAUCGCCACUCGCGCAGCAAAAGCGCACGACGUCAGGGCAUGGUGGUGCUGUCACCAUCAUCACCGGACUCUUCAGACGACUCCUUUCUGUCGUCGCAUCAUCGACGUCCCGCCGGACCAUCCGUUCAUACUCGGCGCGAUCGUUCGGUGCCGCCACAGCUGAUCGAGACCGAGUACGAGUACGCUCCGCACGAACGGCUACGCAGGGAGCGUAACCCGUACGACAGCUAUUUGUACCCGGCCGCGUCGCCGAACAGCUUAACUAGAACUGCCACAGCUCCAUCACGACCGAAUCGUCGUGCUCUACAACAAUGUGCAUCUGGUGGUGGCUAUGAUGCAGCCGUAAAUGGCAGUUCGCCUUACUACGGUAGUGGCGGCUAUUCGUCGUCGCCCGCCUACAGUAGUCCGUACAGUACACGUUCAUAUCAGUCACCACCGGUCAUAGCACGAAAUCUCGUCAUACAACCAGACGGAUAUUUUAUGCAUGAUGUAUCGCCCGACACAUCGCUGUCACGUCUACGACCGCCUCGGUCAGAAUCGCCAUCGACUUCAAGUGGAGUGCCUCAACUACGUGUUGAUACACAUGCCAAUAAAAGCGAAUCCAGCUUGGACAAUACAGAUGAAGAGCAAUCAUCGGGAACAACCACCAUGAAUCACAAUCGUAGAGAUUCUGGAGUCGGAUCAAGCCUAUCCAGAUCACCUAGCGGACCAUCAUCUCAGCGUCUACGCCAAUCUAUACUACCGUAUUCGACAAAUUCCUUCUCGUUUCUCUUGAACACCAAUCAUGUCGGAUCAUUACAAAGUAAACGACGAGCAGCUGAGAGAAGUCUGAUGUCAUCGUCGAUCAUGUCGAGUUGUUCUUCGGAUGAUGCUUUCUUCACAGAUGUUCAGCUGGCCAGAUGUGUAGAUUCACUCAGCGUAUCUGAAUUGGCUCGUCUCAAUAAAUUAGCGUAUUUGCGUGUGACAGCGAUUCUCGAAAAGCAUAUGGGUCCCAGAAGCACCGUCAAGAUUGGAGAUGUGUCUCCUACACAAAAUGGCGUUGUCAAAAAUUGGACUGUCCAAAAGCUUUUCAAAAAGAUCAAAAUGGAUGGCAAGACUGGAAAAGAAAUCGAAAUCGCAAAUCAAGUGUUUGGACAACCACUCACAAUCAUCUACAAACGAUGCGGAUUGUGUCUACCGAGAACAAUCUUGGAGAUUCUACGGUAUCUUCGUCAAAUGGCGCCGGAUACUGUGGGCAUUUUCCGCAAGAAUGGAGUGAAGUCAAGAAUUCUUGAAGUUCGCAUGCUCUGCGAUCGCGAUGCCGAAGCGGAUGUGUUUGUAGACGAGAAUAGGCUUGACCCUGGACAGGUUCACGAUGUGGCCGAUACGCUGAAACAGUACCUCAGGGAAUUACCGGAGCCACUAAUGACCACUCGGCUAUCGGAAACGUUUGCUAAUAUAUUCAUACAUGUCCCGGAGAAUGAAAGGCUACUAGCUCUUCAGUACGCCAUCCUUCUACUGCCAGAUGAGAAUCGUGAAGCGCUACAAACGCUGCUGCUCUUCCUAAGUGAUGUGUCGAAACAUGCCGAUAGCAAUAGCAUGCCAGCACAAAAUCUUGCAGUAUGCUUCACUCCGUCGCUUUUCCAACUGAGCGCUUCUCGUCUUGAUAAGAUCACACCAACGAGAAGGCACAAAACUAUCGGAGCCGCUGGAAUGCCAACAGAGCGAGAAAUGCGCGAAACAAGGGCCGCUCAACAAUGUCUCACUUUCAUGAUUCAAAAUUGCCGAAACGUGUUCGUAGCAGCUGAGACUGGUCCAGAGGACAGGAUUCAAGCAGAAAGUGACGCACCGCUGCUUAAGGAACUAGGUCUUCGUGGUCCGCGAGCUUUUCUUAUCGAUCGAGUAAACGAUUUAAUUAGGGAUCAUGCUGAUCGCUGGAAAGCAUGGAUCUUGGAGGGUUUCCACGAGGAUAUAGAAAUAUCUUGCAAAAUGCCUAAUGAGGAUCAUCCGCUGAGACUGUUCCGCGUUUGGGUGGACGUGGCAGCACCUCCAAAGCAAGUGAUGAAUAGGGUCAUGAGAGAGAGAAAUGUCUGGGACACUUCGGUUGUAAAUUGGCGAACCAUCGAUGUCCUUCAAGCUCCAGAUACCGAUCUCCAUCAAUAUGUCCUCAACGAUACUGUAGGACAUCCAACAAGGGACUGCUUUGUUGCACGCUUCCACAAGGCGGACUUGUCCGAAAUUCGCGGCGCUUGUGCAAUCGCAGAACGAAGCGUUCAGUGCAGCGAAGCACAGCUUCUCGGUGGCACUUCUGCUGCCGUUCUCGAUAGUCACUUCCUCAUCGAACCGAAAGCCGGCCAUUCUCGCGUCACGUACAUUUCUAGGAUUGAUUUGAGGGGUCGCGGUCCCGCUUGGUAUAAUAAGGUGUACGGUAAUAUCGUAGCCAGACAAAUGAUUCGAUUGCGCGAAUCGUUCCAAUCAAGUUCGGAGAAUAUUGGACCGGAGACCAAAGUGUGACUCGGCAGCUGGCAAAUUGCCCAAAACGAUGCUUUUCUAGCUGAGAAUCAUGACAUGUAAAGCUCUUCACUCUUGUAUGCUUACUGUAAUCCUACAGUACAGCUUGCCAAUGACAAGAAUCUACGCUAACCAAUAAAGGAAAUUGCCGUAUGGUAGUUUAUAUAAUCACACGGGCCCCGUUUUUCUUUUUCAAUGUGUUGCUCAUUUUGUGUAAAAAAAAUCUGCAUAGGUCGCCCAACGUUUUUUAGAGUCGAUGGUGCUUCUCACAAAUCUAAAUUGUUGCUUUCGGUAGACACGACCCGGUUUCUGUUCAGCUUUUCUUCGCAUCUUCUCACUGUCUCGUCAACUCUUUUGUCUUUUGUCGUUUUUGUACUCGCAUUGCCUGCCUCGUCCUGCUCUCGAUUGGAUCAAUUUUUGAUCCUUCGACUUUUCUCUUGUUUGUAAAUAGCCCAAGGAUUUCACUUGAGAUGUUCUAUGUCAUAUCACAUGUGAAUAGAUGAGAGUGUGUAUUUAUUCAAUUUAUACUCUUUUCUGCAAGCUGC